GAAAACGCCGUUCGAGAUCUCCAUUCGAAAGGAGAUGCGCGCCGAAAGCCCAAUGUGACCAAUCUGCGAGCGUACGGCUGUACGGCGUAUGCGAUAACCACCACGGCGAUGCGGAAGGAGCAGCGCCUCAAGCGUUUAAACCCAAAAGCGUGGAUCGGAUACCUCGUCUGAUACACCUCGUCCAACACCUUCCGCAUCUGGAAUCCGGUCCCAAACAAGGUUGUGAUCAUGCGAGAUGUGAUCUUCAACGAACAAGAAAGGUUCAGUGGUGUGCUCGUAGAGCUUCGUGAUGAAGUACGAGAGCUUGAUCUAGAUGAGUUGUCCACUCUGUUGCAAGAAUACGCCCUCCCAGAGGAAGCUGAAGAACAGGUUAACCCAGCGCUCGCACCUCGGGGGGUGGAGGAAGCCCUCCUGGAUGGACUCAACAGAAGAAAUCCAAGAUACAAUCAUCGUUCGCACAUCCUCUGGAUCGCAGACCGGCCAAGAUGUGGAACCGAUUUCUCAUGCAGGCGCAGCCUCUCGCGGCUCUGAAAACUCCCGCCAAGCUGUGAAACCAACCCCUCGCGGCUCUGAAUCUAUGCGCCAAGUUGAGGGAGCCUCUCACCAACAAACCGGCCAUGCUCCGGAAAGCUCUCGCGAUGACGAUCGCCAGGUCCGUAGGCCGGUAUCCGUUUCCAGUUUUGGAUGCCAUGGAAGUGUAAAUCGAGUUUGCCGUCUGAGGCUG